AAUAUUCCCAACGAAUGGCAUUGGCUACUCUGCUUAUACCCCACUCACUGUCCUUUUUUGGACUUUUCAUUCUACUCCAUCCAAAAAGGAAAAAAUAUACUGCUAAAAUCUAAAAUUAUAAACGCAAGAAAAAUAUCAGAGAAUAAUGAUAAAAAAUUAAAUAAAAAUACAUAUAAAUCCAAAUCCUAAUUCUGCUCAAUCACUCUCUUCGACUGUGGAGGGAUAAUCCCAAGGAAAAUUCGAGAAAGGGGCUUCCCUUUUCUCAAUUUCCCUCCCCUUCGCAAGGAGUCACCACAUAUAUGAUAUAUCUAUAUUAUCUGUAUCUGUAGCUGUAGAUUGUGCUUGAUUUUGUAUUGUUUCUGUUUUCUACGGGAUAUGGAUUCGACGCAGCAAGCCGUUUUGGAGCAGAAGGCGGAGGGGAAUCAGCCGCCGCCGUACGUAUCCAUGGUGGAUCCUUUUCUCGUCGAGGCGCUUCAGAAUCCUCGCCAUCGUCUGACUAUUCUGCGGAUGGAACUCGAUGUACAGAAGUUCUUGCAGAAUAAUGAUGUACUGCAGUUCGAGUUUCAGCACUUCCCAACUUCAUACCUUCGUCUUGCCGCCCACCGUGUUGCUCAACACUAUGGUUUGCAAACCAUGGUUCAGGACAAUGUUGCGGAUGGUCAAGGAGUCAGGAUUUUGGUUAUGAAGAAGCCAGAGUCUAAGUUUCCUGCGGUCUGCUUGUCAGAUGUUCCGGCUAAAGAGUCAGAAAAUAAUAAACUUGAUCAGAUGAAGAUUGUCAUUAGACCCAGGCCUAAAGCUUCCUCUAAUGACCUCAAUGAAUUUGGCCAUAAACGCAAUCCAGUAAGAACCGUGGAAGAGAGGAAGGAAGAGUACGACAGAGCAAGAGCUCGUAUUUUCAGCAGUCCUAGUAAUUCUGGAUCAGAAGAGGCAUUGCCUUGGGCUGCUUCAGAUGGGACGAACAUUACUGUUGAUGACAAUGAGGUUUCAAGAGACUUGGGUAUGGAUUGGGAAAAAAGGCACUGCAGCAUGGAAGGUGGCAAUUCUUCAAGAGUAGCAAUUUUUAGAGACAGGGAGAAGGACCGUACUGAUCCUGAUUAUGAUCGCAGUUAUGACAGAUAUGUUAAGAGCAUCCCAAAGGCUCAGAGUUUCAGGAUGGCACCUGUUAGUUUUCAAAAUUUUCAGCCUCCAUUUGUCCAGUACGACUCUGUCUUCCCACAGCUGGGUCAGAUGCCUCCUCCUCAAGCUUCCCUCAACUACAGGACCCCAGUGAUUAGCCCGUAUUGUGCCAUGGGGUCAAAUCAGAAUUCUAGGGACGCAUUAUAUAUGCCAUUGCCAAUGCAGACCAUGAUGUAUGCUCAGUCAUAUGAUCAAAUACGGCAUGCCUCUUUUCAGGCCCCCUUCUGUCAGCAGCCUCUAAGUUUUGAUUACUCCCAGCACCAUCGGUAACAGUUGAAACUUGGAGAUUUCAUGUAUUCUCUAGUGUGUCCUAUUUUAGGUUUGUUAGUUUUAUUUAAGAUGCAUAAAAUUUGAUCGUAUUCUAUUUUGAUUGUUAAAGUGGUGACGAACCUAAUUAUGGACUUGCUAUUUGUUAAUUGUUAUAGGGAGAUUUUUACA